GUAAUCUAGCCAAUAUGGCUGCGUCCUUGACCGGCAUGUUUUGGUUUCAGUGAAGUGAUAAACAUGCGCUGUAGUUGUAAAUUUACGGAGAGGUUGAGUGUUAGUAGAGCCGAGUAAAGGGAAAAUGGAGAGACGACAGUUCGUCGCGUCUCUGGUGGUGCCUGUCUUCAGGCAGGAGGCUGUGCCGGGAUGUGUGUGGAUCUGACCCUGUUCCCAUUAGACACCAUUAAGACCAGACUGCAGAGUCAGCAGGGCUUCCACAAAGCGGGGGGCUUCGGGGGGAUCUACGCCGGGGUGCCGUCUGCCGCAGUCGGAUCCUUCCCCAAUGCCGCUGCGUUCUUUGUCACCUACGAGUGCACCAAGUCCCUCCUCGGCGCCAGCGGAGCUUUCGCAGCGCCGCGCGCGGCACCUGUCAGUCACAUGCUGGCCGCCUCCCUGGGAGAAAUAGUGGCGUGUUUGAUCCGGGUGCCUACAGAAGUGGUGAAGCAGAGAACCCAGGCCUCUCCCUCAUCCACCACCUACAACAUGCUGCUGGCUACACUCAGAGAGGAGGGUGUUCGAGGUCUUUACAGAGGAUACGGCAGUACAGUUCUCAGAGAGAUCCCAUUCUCACUGGUGCAGUUUCCGCUCUGGGAAUAUUUAAAGGCGCGGUGGCAGCCUUCGUCACCACCCCUCUCGACGUGGCGAAGACCAGGAUCAUGCUGGCCGAGGCGGGCUCAGCCACGGCGGGCGGCAACAUCCCGGUGGUGCUCUGCGACGUGUGGAGGAGCAAAGGCCUUCCAGGGCUGUUUGCAGGCAGCGUCCCGAGGAUGGCCUUCAUCAGCGUGGGAGGCUUCAUCUUCCUGGGAGCGUACGAAAAGGUCCGCCGCGCUUUACUAUAGCGGGGCUUCACGGCACUAUCGCACACACACACACACACACACACACAGUGGACCCUCGGUGUCGCCGUGCAGCUUGGGGUACGCCACCAGCUCAGUGCCCCGAGGAUUCGAAGCUGACUACAUUACCCAGGAUGCAUUCCAGCAUUGCUGGUGGAUAACGUGGAAAAGACUCUAGCAGCAUUUAUGAUUCUGUCCCGUCAUUUUGGAAUGGAUUUUGGAAUUAAAGGCUGUCUUUUAUACUUCUUAUGAUUUUUUUUUUUCCCCCCGUCACACUCUAGACUUCGGUCCUGCAACGUUUAAUGUCCGUUUGUUUAAUGUUUUAUCCAUAUUUUCUUCUCUCUGUUGAGCUCAGCCACCUGCGCAAAAGACCCACCCGGGAGACGCGGCGAUAUGUCACCGUUGUUACAUUCCAACUAGAGCAAAUCUGACCUCAUCCCACCUACGAGAGCCGUAUUUUUUUUUUCCCCCUGAGACGCCGCCAACAAUAGAGCACUUUGUUGAAUUAACAGGCCUGUGGGGUUUGAUGUGGAGGCUCAGCUGCUCCACAGGAUUCUUCAUUACAGCUCGAGGUCUUUACCUGUCAUGACUUUAUUGUAUUGUGAGGUGGAAAACAUGGAAGGAACUGAAGGGAAGGGGGCGCAGAUUUUUUUUAUAUUUUUUUUGAAUGUGUUAAUUUUGCUGGAUUUAGAUGGUGGAAAAUGUAGGAUGUCCUCUGAAAGUCUGCUUUAAACAUAUUUGGGGGUAUUAGCAUUUUAGCAUCAAAUUUUUAGCAAGAAAUCAACUGCAGCUUGACUAGAUCGUAAGUUAAACCCACAAUGCAUCAGUUCAUACCUGCUGUUGUGCAUGACGUAGGUUAGUAAAUGAAUAUUUGCUUGGAGAAUCGGCCACCAAAACUGGCUCUAGCAGCAGCUGCUCACAUCCUUGUAGAUCCCUGCCGAUGUUCUUUCAUUUCUGCAGAUCAGAUCGUGAUGUUUUGCAUUUUUUUUUUUUUUAAAGUCCUUUAGCCUACUUCAUGCUGGCCUAUUUCAGUAAUUUUUUUUUUUUUGAUUUGCUAAUCGAAAAGAUUGACCGGUCACAGACAAAUAGGCCCGCCUGUGUUUUUCUUUGCUUGCCAAUCUGAAACCGUUAAGGAGGCAAAUACUUUCCCACAAUGCCAGAUUACUGCAUCGAUCUGGCAUUUUUAGAUCCCUAAUACGCUGCUGCGAUGACAAACGCGUCUGGGCUCUAAGCUGGUCACAAAAGAAAAUUCCUGGACAUUUUUCCUACUCGCGGCCCGGGCCAGGCAUGUGGCUUUGAUUCGGUCUGCGAAGGUUCCUGAGACAUCGGCUGCAACUUGCGUGCACAUUUCAUGUCUGCGUUUGAUCUCUUAUUACAGCGGAGCGUCUGGUUUCUACCUCGCUCCCCGCAAAAGCAGGUUGUUGUGACAACGGUGGAGGGCGAGACACGCGGAAGGGGAGAUUUCCCAGGUUUUGCGUGUAUACGGUUGAAACCAACGUAUCUUGUUUUGUCAGAAUAAGAAAAAAUUAUUUGAUGUUUAUCAUUUAGUAAAUGGAAAUCAUUUUUGACCGAUCUAAAACAAGAGAUUUAACUUGAGACUGAAAAAAAAAAACCCUCUUUAUGUAAACUUUAGGUUCCAACUGUAUGUUAAAAUUUAGUUUCUUAUUUACAAGUUAUAUAUAAGCACUUGCUUUGUUUACGUUCCGUUUCUCCAGGCUCUGAUAUUGCUUGGUUCAAAAUAAGAGCAACAAAUGUGUCCUGUGCGUCAGACGGAGGAAGGGGCGUGGUCACGUUUAAAUGCAGGGGGACAUUAAGGUGUUGGCGCCAGAGUUUUUUUCUGUCUUUCACGCGUCAGUGUAGAGAAAACCGAAAGGACGUGAAAGACAAUCAGACCGUCACUGUGCUGCUGAGCAACAGUAGUCGGUGUGUGAUUGGUGGAGGCCACAGCCUGGAGCCUGUCAGUCACCUGAUGACAAAUCAUCCAUCUGGAAUGCACAUCCUGAAGUCAACCUGCAGUCAAAAGCAGAAACGUCCAACAGGCCGCGGCUAGGAGAGGGUACAAAAA